CCCAAGAUCAACAUGCUAGCUACAGGAGUUUGGCCUCUGCUGCUUUUCUCGCUUCUUUUGUGUUUCCUUCAUUGUGAACAUUUACUUGCUUUUUCACUGAAAAACUGCACAAUUAUCUAUACAGAAAAAUCGAAUGUGUUAGUCACUUGCACAGAGCGUUACCUCACUGCUAUUCCAGAUGACAUUCCCAAAAAUGCAGUAUUGCUAAAUCUCAAGUCAAACUACAUUUCAAAUAUUACCAGGAUGAAUUUGGAAGGUUUAUUCAAGCUUGAAGUUCUAAAUUUGGAAAAAAAUUGGAUUUCACAAAUUGAUGGUGAAGCUUUUGCAGACUUGGUAGAGUUAAAGGUUCUCAUCUUGAGUAUAAAUAGGCUCGCAACACUGACAGAAAACAUGUUUCAGGGUCUUUCCAAGUUAGAGACACUGUCUCUGGACUGGAACCAGAUCUCAUUUAUCUCCCCUGUGGCCUGUCAGCCCCUGGUCAGCGUACACUCAGUAGAUUUGAGCUAUAACCUUCUGCAUCAAAUGUCAGAUAUUGAUCACAUUAUUAGACUCCCAACUUUACAACAUUUGUUUGUAUGUUACAACAACUUUACUUCUUUUCAGUCAAAUGACCUCCAUGUAAAUACCUCAAACCUACUCACCCUGUGUUUGGAUUCAGUGAAAAAGUUCAGCAUUACAAGAGACAUUUUUCCUCAUCUGCAGUCUCUGGACUUGCGAGGCUGGAACAGGGACAUCGAGUGGGAAGUGUCAAACAAGACUUUUUUAAAGAGCCUGACGAGACUGCAAAUGAGUGAAACUUCUCUUAGCUUUGAUGUGUACAGAGCGAUUCUGCAGACUGCUUACUCUCUUCAAGAGCUUCAGAUGGAUAACAUGAAAAAGUGGAUAGAUGAUGAUUUCAUAGACGUCGCCUGCAAAAUUCCUUCUCUAAGAACUCUGAAUGUAAGCAGUAGUGAGAUUUACACCUUAAAGGAGAACAUGCUGCAGUCUUGUUCUCACCUAACUAACCUCAACUUAUCAUUUAACAAUAUAAAAAGCAUGGCUGAUAAUGCACUCCAGUCAAUGACACAGCUCAGAAGCCUGAUAUUACAAAAUAAUGAACUGUCCGAACUGCCAGUGGCCGUCCAAGGACUCACCACAUUGGAAGUCUAUGACCUUAGCAUCAAUGACAUCAGUGAACUUUACUGUCCUUACUUCUGGAAUUUAACAAGCCUAACAAUACUCGAUCUGAGCCACAAUCAUAUAUCCUAUAUCUCUGACUGUGUUUUUGAAAAUUUAAACAAUUUGAAAAUCCUAAAUCUUGAAAACAAUAAGAUUUCAUCAUUCGAUUAUUCUUUUAAAUUUAAAUUACAGACAUUGGAGUUUUUGUAUUUGAAAAACAAUGAGCUUAUAAAUCUCUUUCAAGGAGUCUUCAUUAAUCUGUCUUCCCUUCGUUAUUUGAAUUUAGAUGUACGCAUGUGUAACAAUGUUGAGGAAGGAGGGUUAAAGGGACUCUAUAACCUCCAGUUCCUUCUUAUGCAAGGUGAUAUUUAUUUUUAUGAGCAUUUCAGUGGGCUGCCAAACUUAAGCACUCUGAUCCUAAAUGUUGUCUCUAGCCUGCCACAUAACAGCUCCAAACAAAGCGAUAACCCUUUCUCAAAUUUACCGAAACUGAAGAAGCUUAAUAUCAAGGUUCAUAGAGGAUAUUACGAUAUUUCAAAAGAUGUUCUCAGUGGUCUGACUUCUUUAGAGUACUUAAUAACAGAGGCAUACUUCAUGGGAUCUUUGCAUCCAGACACAUUUAAACACACACCGCAACUGAAACAUCUCACAAUUACUUACAGCGAGCUUUCAGUUUUAACAUCUGACGUGUUCUUGCCAAUUCCAAACCUGAUAAUACUCGACCUCUCCAACAAUAAACUCAGGUCUUUGGAUUUUCUAGCAGAGGCCAAACUGUCGGCACUCAGAUGGCUCGAUGUCAGCAACAAUGAAUUGUUCGUAAUCAGUGAAACAGUUAUCCAAUCCCUUUUAACCAUGAAAUAUCUGGAUCUGUCUGCUAACCUUUUAACAUGUGAAUGUUCUAAUUACGGUCUUAUCCAGUGGAUUCAAGGCAGCAAACAGACACAGGUUGUUAAUGCACAUCAGUACACUUGUGCGUUUCCUGUCAGCCAACGGGGAAACAAAUUCCUUGACUUUGGUUUUGACUCCUGUCGGAUAGAUGCUGCAUUGCUCUGCUUCCUUUUUAGCUCUAGUCUAGUUAUGCUUACUCUCCUCGCAUCCUUCAUCUAUCACUUCCUGAGGUCACACCUCACAUAUGCCUAUUACCUCUUCCUGGCCUUUCUCUAUGAUAAUAAGAGGAGGAAGAAAGGUAUUCCUCACAGCUACGAUGCCUUUGUCUCCUACAAUGUUCAUGAUGAAGCUUGGGUCUGUGGAGAGUUGCUUCCAGAGCUGGAGGGUCAACAGGGCUGGAGACUCUGUCUGCACCACAGAGACUUUGAACCAGGUAUAGAUGCUUUUCAUUAGCCUCUGUUCUACUUUUAGCUCAAUAUUUAAUGAAGCUAGCACACAAACUCUGUGUCUUCUUUCCUAUAAAUACAAUUGUUUCUUUUUGUUCCGCUUUUCAGUGGUACCGAAAAAGAUCAAGUUUUAACACCACAGUAUCUUUUUUUUCUCUUUGACAGCA